AUGGAACCUGGCGCUGCAGAUGGACCCAAACUGUCGGAACCGAGUAUUACGGAAUCUAAACCCAACCCCAAGCCGGCUCAAGAUCAGCAACAGGCCAAACAUCGGCACCGACGGGACGAUGGGUACGUGGCAGCGGAAGCCAGUGACGACGGAGGGGAGGAAAAUUUCAUCGCACUAGCCCCGGAUGAGGCCGAUAUUUAUAACUUCUCCAACAUCAUGAGCAUGACGAUGGCGAACGGACCGGCUGGUGGAACCGGGCGGCGUGGUGCCAAUGUAAAUGAGGCAAAUCCGUUUAAUGAAUUUCGCAAUACGCAACGGCAACGUCCUGAACCGGAAGACCUGGCACCCGAGCCCAACGAGCCACCAAAGGGUGAAAAGGAACUGCCCGAGUUGACGCUGGAUGAUGGGCGUGUGCUUGGGGAAGGAGCGACCAGGCUGCGGACCCGAUUUGAUGCCGUUCCGGACGAGGACGAUGACGGUGGCAAUGGUGGAGAGGUAGACGGUGAGUCUGAGGAUGAUAACGCGAUCGAACGGAGUCGCUUCCUGGCGCAAGGAUCCAGGCCAGCCGGUGGGCAGGACGACACUCUACUGAGCAAUGGCAUUGACUUCUUGAACUCGAUCGAUGGCGCGUAUCUGCUGGCAAAUGCUGGGGGUCGUGGUGUUGGUGAGCAGGUGGAUGGCAAGAUGGCGAAGAAUGACGACUCCGAGCGGAAGGAUUACGAGGAUAAUGACAACAGCGUGUCGACGCGUAAACCAACCCCAAGCGCCACAGACGGGGAAGACGAGCUGUUCGAGCAGAUGGAAAAGAAGGCAAAAUCGUACCGAUUGAAGCUAUACAAGAAGCACAAAAACUUCAAGCACACGCACCACCACCGAGGUGGACUGUAUCAUCAGCCAUACCACACCUUCCAUCACGACUACUACCGGCGCAAGAUGCUCGAGCGGGAACGCGAACGCUGGAAGAAAAUGCAAGACUUGAAACCCGACUACCAGGGUCAGAUCAACUACUACGAGAACUCGAACAAACUCGAAACGAACGACGACAUUAUGGCACACCUGAACGGGCACAGCAGCCAGGAGAAGUGGCCCAAUUUCGACAAGGUGAUGACAUCGCUCAAAACGGAACCGAAGCCGGACAACGUGCCGCCCUACAUCAAGAAGUACAACCGACGCAACAAGCAGCUGAUCGACUUGCUCGAGGGUACGAUCGCACCACUCUCGGAGUACGGCGCGCACAAGCACCGAGAGCGCAAGUACCAUCGCAGGAAAAAUCCCCACUGGAUGGAGGAGGACCUGUUCGAGGAGCAGCGUCCAACUCAGGCGAAAGCGACCGGGCUUCAGCGCAACUACAUCCAGGAGACGCUGCAGUCCUCGACGGGACACUCGAACGCGCUGCCAGGCGAAGGCAUCCACAUCAUCUACGACAAGAAGCACGCGGACGAUCUGCGCGAUGAGUUGGGUGAACCGGCCGGGUUGCUCUAUGGGCGGCCAACAAUGGCGGCGGCUGCACCCGAUGGUGGCCAUCCUGCCUAUAAGCUGUCCUCCCGAGCUGGUCAGUUCGUUUACCAUCGUGUCGCUUCACCACAACCGGUUGGUCCUGGAUAUGGGAGGCUUAAGCGUCAACGCCUCCCAUUCGUCGCCAUUACGGAUCGGCGGCUUAGUGCCCCACCCAAACGGCGUGCUAGUGGUACAGGGGGUGUGGGUGUUGGUGGGGGUGGUGGUGGUGGUGGAGGGGGGAGCAGCUCCAACCUCCUGAAUCACCAGCCGAUGCCUUAG